AUGGAUGACAUCAAAAUACAGCCUAUUGAACAUAUCACACAGAGCCCUGGUGAGACUGAGCAGGAUGUUACCAUUAGACGUUUAGAUCGUGAACGGUUUUGGAUGUUAGAACUUGGCACUAUGUAUCCUUAUGGACUCAAUGACCAUUUGCAUCAUGUUGGAAACGUUUCUCAUUCCUAUGUUCGAUCCAGAAACAAUGUCUUUAAUCUUUUUAGUCGUCACCAAUGCCGCAAACGGAGCCAGGGACGGCAAAGUAACUCCAGACGCAACUUGGAAAUCACAUUGGAUCAACUUCCCAAUUUGUACAACGGUGGUCAGGGUCAUGGUGGCCUACAUCAUCUUCAUGCUACUCUUCAUAGCGCCCGGUUACCAAAUUUACAUAAACUGUUUCAUGAAUGUGAGCAGCUAAUAGUCGCCAAUCAGGAACAGCGUUUCAAGAGCAUAAUUUUGGAUGUGUGCUGCAAAAGAUUAUUUGUUCCAGUACGUACAGCAACCGACUCCACUGCUAAACCUCCAAGACGCUUCAUCAAAGUGUUUUUCCAUGACAAAGGGAUAAAGUUAAGCUCACUAACAUUUUACAUAACAAACUAGUUAGAUCUAAAAUACCAAUUUACUUUCAGGAAAAGGAUCCACCACUGGUGAGUUAUAAGUAUACUAAUAAUAUUUCUAGGAGUGUGUUCAAUUAUAAUCAAGCUCUUCGUAAUAUUAAUUUCGAUGAUUAUCGUAAUACGUCUUUGUCGUGCGACUGCCAGUCUUCAACUUUUCGUUAUGAGCCUCAUGGUCAUGUAAUUACCGAGGAUCUAUGA